AUGGGCACUACCACCCAACAACCCUGGAAGUCACAAGCGUCUCACUGCGGGCAUCUCGGUGUCGCUGCGGGCCGCAGCAACAUCAUGACGAUUCAGACCAAUUUCAGGUUCCCGCGGGACACUUCAGAUUUGAUUGAUUGCUCUCUUGAUCCAACAACCAGAUCGGACUCCCAAAAUCAUCAAGUCUUCAUGGAAGUUUGUAUCUGCUCUCGAUGCAUUAUCAACACAAUUUUGAAUGACGAGGGACAGCCAAUUUCUGGAAAAUAUCUAACCACUCGAAAUAUUGCUAAACAUCUCUCCGAGGAUUACAAACGCUUUGCUGAAGUCAAACAUCACACUUCCAACCAACCUGAUCCCCAAUCUGAUAGUCCAUCUGUGGAAAUAACGGAAUCUAGUGGAUACUCGGAAGAAAGCAGGGUGUUUGAAGGACUCGAUCAGAAUGAACACAACUUUCAUCUAUUUGAUGUUAGCCGUGAAAACUGCCGCACCGCCAUUACUGCUCUUUUCAACAUACUUAAGGAAACAAUCAGACAACGAACUUCCAACCAAAGCCUUCUGAAGAUGCCGCGUGACCCUCGAACUUUGAUUUCAAAGGCCAAUCUAGAAAUUGAGCUUGUUGAGAGUAUAUGCUGUGGGGCUUGUUUUCACCUCUAUCCCAACAACACCAAUACACCAUUGCUCUGUGAAUAUGCACCUUUUGCCCACUCACAACGGUGUAACGAAGAACUCUACAAACAAAUCAGAACUCAAAGUGGAUUCAAAGACCUUGGACGAUUCCCAAACCCAAAACAUCUUUACCCCUCAACCGUUCGACCUAUAUCGGUUUGGCUCAACUGGCUUUUGAAGAAACCUGAUAUCAAAACCGCAAUCAACGCUUGGAAAGAUGAAAUCUUGAGAUCUGAUGGUGCUCUUGUGGACGUACAACAUGGCUCAAUCUAUCGAAAUGUAGAAUGGGAGCUCUCACCAACUCCUUCUGAAGACUCUGCCUCGGAUGACACAGCAUCUUCUCUCAACAACAUCCCACCACUCAACUUGAUCCUUUCUCUUUUUGUCGACUGGUUUAAUCCCCGAGGAGACAGGAUUAGUGGGAAAGUCGAAUCUACCGGGGUCUUUGCUCUUACUUAUCUCAAAUAUAUGCCUAGCACGGAUCACCCCUGGGCCAUAUUUGCCAGACACAAGCACUAUAAAUCACCUUCUCAAGCCAAUUGUAGACGAGCUAAGGACUCUAGAGACCGGCACAAUGAUCAAGACACAUCAAUACCCAGGAGGUUGACUGGUCCGGGUCCGACUUCUCUGUUUGAUUGGAGAUCGUCCCCCAAAACCAAGAAAGUUGCCGGUUUUGCCUCGCCAAAUGCCACCUCCUUUUGUACGUGGUGCCACGCAAAGCACGACACUCUUGAAAAGUUGCAAAUUGCAGCAAUCAGAAGAAAAGGCAAAACAAUCAGAGCGUCACGUAAAUCUAGAGAUGCCAAAUCAACCGCUGCUCAAGACACAAUCCUUAAGCAGACUGGUGUCCGCUGGUCCGAACUCAACCGUCUCAGGUAUUGGAAUCCAACUAAGCACAUUGUUCUCGGAAUAAUGCAUAACUGGCUUGAAGGGGUGCUGCAGACCCACUGGCGCUAUCGAUGGAAAUUUCUUGCAAUAACUCAAUCCAAAUCUCAAAAAAGGCGCCGCACUCAUACAAGCUUCCCAACUAAUAAGCGACAAAGGGAGGAAAGCGAUGAGGCCCCAGAUAUCCUGAUGGAUGGUGGAGACGAAGGUGGAUUCUUUUCACAAGACGACAUCCUGAAUUUCCGCACUGCAAUGCGACAGGUAGUCCUUCCUCCGGGUCUUUCAACUCUCCCUCCAAACCUUGGCGAGGAACGACAUGGGAAAUUGAAAGCGUCCCAAUGGUACACCCUGUUUGCUUGCAUUAUGCCGCUGAUCAUCUUUGAGCUCUAUCUCGAUGAUAUUCGAAAUAUCGAUCCCAACUCAAAUCGGGCUUGGUUCAUUAUGAACACUGCAUAUUUGAUGCAAUGUACCCACAUCUUAUUUGCACGUGAAGUAACCAACAACCAGAUUACACAAUUCGAGGAAAACUAUAACAAGUACAGCGAAACAGUUGGUGGUCUCUUUGCAAAUGUCAAAGUCCAACCGAAUCAUCAUUGUGCAUUGCACAUUCCAGAACAAAUGCGAUUGUGGGGGCCUUUGUCUAGGGUGGCCGAAUUUGCUGGCGAACGGCUUAUUGGGUUCUUGCAGAAAAUCAAGACCAACAAUCUCAUUGGUGUGUAUAUCAUCUAA